AUGGACUAUAUGUGGGUGGAGCAAAACUCGGCCGCCGGCGAGCUUCAACUGCCGGAAAGUCCAAGGCAACCCAUGGAAUUCCUUUCAAGGUCAUGGAGUGCAUCAGCCAUGAAAGUGUGCAAGGCUCUGGCUGCUUCUGCCCCUUCUAAGGCCGUCCCUCCUCCGGCUUCCGGUGCCGGUAGUAACGGUUUUCUCAACUCCAACUCCGGCACCGCCGCCGCUUGCAAUGCCGUGCCGGAAAACAACCCCAUUGAAGAAGAGGAUUCCGCUAAGCUUUCUGGAAACACUUUCUCCUUUGCUUCUUCUGCCACUUCCCAACUUGUCCUUGAACGCAUCAUGGCCCAAACUGAAAUUUCGCCGUUAACUUCCGGAAGGUUAUCUCACAGUAGCGGACCACUGAAUUGCCUGACGGAAGAAACUGACAGUCCCCCUGUUUCUCCCAACGAAGAAUUCGAAGAUGUUGUAAAGUAUCUUCGCGUGAACCACAGUCUGCAACCCCUGUUCACUGGCAGCCGCAUGAAUGGUUACACCGGGGGUGGUGCUAGCACGCCUGGUGGGGGUAAGACGGUUGGCAGGUGGCUAAAGGAAAGGAGGGAAAAGAAGAAAGAAGAAAGCAGGACCCAAAAUGCUCAGCUUCAUGCUGCUGUAUCAGUCGCUGGAGUGGCUGCUGCGGUGGCUGCAAUCGCGGCAGCCACUGCAGCUGCGUCUUCCACUGGAAAGGAUGAUCAGGUCGCCAAGACCGAUGCAGCUGUUGCCUCGGCUGCUACAUUGGUGGCAGCACAAUGUGUGGAAGCAGCUGAAGCCAUGGGAGCCGACCGCGAUCACUUGGUAUCGGCAAUUAGUUCUGCUGUCAAUGUUCGUUCUCAUGGAGAUAUCUCCACUCUUACUGCUGCUGCUGCAACAGCUUUGCGAGGGGUGGCCACUCUUAAGGCCAGAGUUAUAAAGGAAGUUUGGAAUAUUGCAACUGUGAUGCCAGUUGACAAAGGCAUUGGAAUAACUCCAAGUCGUGCUCGAAACAAUGACAGUCCUCUUGUUGGUGAUGGCGUUAUUCUCGAAGAGAAUUUUCUUGGUGUUUGCAAUCAAGAAUUGCUUGCUCGUGGAAGAGAACUUCUGAAACGAACCCGCCAAGGUGAUCUCCACUGGAAGAUUGUCUCUGUUUACAUCGAUCAAACUGGGCAAGUGAUGCUGAAGAUGAAGAGUAAACAUGUGGCAAGUACCAUAACCAAAAAGAAGAAAAACGUGGUGUUGGAGGUAUGCAAGGAUUUGCCGGCAUGGCCAGGGAGGCAUCUGUUUGAGGAUGGUGAACAAAGGCGCUACUUUGGCUUGAAGACUGAAGGGCGUGGAAUUGUGGAAUUCGAAUGCAGGAACCAGAAAGAGUAUGACAUUUGGACUCAAGGCGUUUCCAGGCUUUUGUCUAUUGUGGCUGAGAGGAGAAAUAAGUUUCGAAAGUAUUAG